AAUCUCGUUGAAACGAUUUUUUUCUUCAGAAACGAUCAAACUUCAUUGUUUUUUCCAAGCACCAGGGCUAGUAACGGAUUUCUAGAUUUAAGCUAGUGUUUUCCUGAAGAGGCAAGAAUAAUUAGUGCAAACAAACAUGCCUCGCCGUUUGCGUGAUCGACCGGUUCGAAUCGAGGGCGGCCUAGGGGCUGAAACGGCAGUGAAAUCUAAACCAAGACUGAUGCCUGACCCCCAAGAAGCCGGACCAUCAAGGCGUACUGAUGCAGCAUCGAAAAAAUCUGCCCCAGCUCCGAGACGCUCAGUUUCCGAAUCUCGGACUCCACAGCGGCCCGUAUCGGAGUACGAAAGAAUGCGAGCGCCACGCUCUCAUUCCGAACAUCGUGUAGCUCCGGGAGUGAGGGUGCUGCAGGAAAUACGACAACUACAGAACACCACAGGUCUGUUAGUUCCCAAAUUGCCGUUCGCCCGGGUUAUUCGCGAGGUGCUUCAACAGUAUGCACCUAAUCGGGACCUCAGAAUUUCGAUGGAUGCGCUGAUGGCCUUGCAGGAAUCGGCCGAAACCUACAUGGUGCAGCUGUUCGAAGAUGCGUAUCGAUGUACCUUGCAUCGGGAACGCGUAACCCUAGGGCCAAAAGAUCUAGGGCUGGCACUGUACCUAAGACAAAGAUUUUACUAACCUCAAGGUAUUCCGGCUCAUACAUACUGCCGCUGCUGAAGGGGCGAACACAUUUCCCGGUGGCUAAUCGACGGAUGAUCUACAUUAAUUACAAAACAAGAAAAUGGUUAUGCGGUCAUUUGGUUUGGUUUGUUUUGCGUACUUGUCGAAAUGCCAUUUUCUACACAGUAGUUAUUAGUUGAACUAGAUGGUUUUCGUAUUUUGGAAAUCCGUAGUUUUGCGUGAAAUGCACUAUUUUUUUUUUCUACAGAAGCAAACUGACAGAACCUUGUUGAAGGUUAUGUAACGAACUAUGAGAGCGAGUAGUCAUAAAGCGGUCAAAUAUAGUGAAUGGUACCUUUCAUAUUUUAUUGCUCUGUAACUGAACUGAUUCAUAUACUAAUAAAAAUAAUUCAAAAAGUCAAGCAAA